AUGUGUGCAUACCCGCAAGCAGUGCAGCAUCGCUCGUCUCGGUCUGCACUGAGUAGUCACAACGUCCUUGAUGCAGGACCUAGCAACGAUGCAGAUUCAAGCUUUUCUCUAUCAACUGAGCCACACGAUCAAGUCGGCACUGACGUCCCUGCCGAGACUGCCCGACAUAACCUGCCAGCAGCCGCAUCAACUACGCUUCCGAACCCCCCGCCGCCGCUUUCUGAAGAUUUGAGAUGGUUCACACACCCCUCAACUUGGGUGAUUGCUUAUCACCACGAUAUGCCUAGGUCUUUGCCCUCACCGGAGUCCUUCUCCAACUUCAUACGUGGUCUCCAGUCGUGGCUCACGCGCUUCCAACGAAAAGGCCACAAUCCCUUUAUCCACCGUCAGUUGUACCCAGCAAGAGCUAUCCCAGAUUGUAUACAGGACGCGUAUUCGGCUAUAGCGGUUUCGCAAGGCGGUUUCCCCGAGAACGAGAAUAUGGUUGAUAGCAUAACGUCAUCGUAUGUUUCAAAACUACUCUCCUCCCAACUCGCCUUGACUGGACAGCCUCUUUAUGUGGUCACUACUCAGGAUCACUUGGCCCGUACACAGGCUCUCCUGAUAUACUUUCUGCUGGCACUAGCCUCGUCUUCUAUAUCCCGUCAAUCCCAAGGUGAAAAUUUCGUCAGCACCUUGCAUCGUUGGAAGAUGGAUUUGUGGGCGUCAGCUAGUCAAGACGCAAACCUCGCUCAAUUCUUCCCUUGUACGCUGAUGAUAUCCUCGGAAGAGUCUCAAGCGCAAUCGGGUCGGAUUUCACAUCUCCACCAAGCCUUCAUCAUUUGUGAAUCGAUACGCCGUACGUGGCUACUAUGCUCCAUAGCUAUCGGAGUGUACCGCAGUCUCAAGGGUGACUGGACCACUAGCUGCGGAGGGGACAUUUCUUUCACCGCACGCGCGGGACUAUGGGACGCCCCUUCAUCCGCACAUUGGGCAACUGUCGCCCGCAAGGCGGAUCCAUUGUUUGGGUACAGCCUGAAGAGUGAAGCACUGGCGAAUCGUAGUGUCCAAGCGUCCGAGGUGGAUGAAUUCGCUCAUCAUCUGUUCACGCUUAUGUGGGGCGCAGACAGAGUAGAGAACUGGUUCAUACGAAUGCCAGCGGAUAAUUGA